AUGGCGAACACCAAGGUGUGUUGGGUUGCAGCUAAAGAGAGCUUCGGAGGGAUGCGGCUGCUGAGGAGAGCUGAUUUUAACGCCGGAGCGAACAUCAACACGUUCUGGAGGAUGCCGUGCAGAGGAGCUCUGGAGGCCGGCAGCAAGAAGGCUCUGAACUGGGACAACAAGCACAUCACAUGGUUCGCCACUCUGGACGGAGGAGUGGGCAUGCUGCUCCCGAUGCAGGAGAAGACGUACCGCAGACUGCUGAUGUUGCAGAACGCUCUGAACAGCAUGCUGCCUCAUCACGCUGGACUCAACCCCAAGGCCUUCAGGUUCUCAUCACUUUCACAGAGUCACUGCGCAAACAUAACAUCAGAGAGACCGUUACUGGCAUCCUUUAUUAACCCUAACCCUAUCUUAAGUACCUCCCAAGUAGAGUGUGGUUGAAACUCCACACUUAAUCACCUUCUGGUAAGAAAUGAA